UAGGAGUAUUUCCAAAUGUCAGUUUUGAAGUUUUUGCUUAUCCGUCGUUUGAUGUAUUCUCAAUCAUGGUUGUUGCAUUAAGUGGUCCGGUGAAUGAAAAAACAAGAAGAAAUCAUCCAAAGCUCUCUUCGUCUCUCUCAUUUCCUUCUCCCAACCUUACUCUCGCCCUCUUCUCAACCCUUCACUUCUGAAAAUCUCACUACAUUCAACAUGGCUCACUUUCUUUUAGUGUAUUCUUGACCUCUCAUCUAAUUUUGUCAACCUUUUCAACUUCAAAAUCAGUAAGGCUUAUCGGAAGCAAGAUGCAAGGGUGCUCCCUUCCAAUCGCCAAGAGGUUACAAGGCAAGGUAGCACUGAUAACUGGGGGAGCUAGAGGCAUCAGUGAAGCCACCGCAAGGCUUUUCCUUCGCCACGGUGCCAAGAUCAUCAUCGCUGACGUCCAAGACGAUCUCGGACGUUCCCUUUGCGACGCCGUCCAAAACCCCAAUAUUUCCUAUGUUCGCUGCGAUGUCAGUAACGAUUCCAACGUUCAAACCGCCGUCAAUGCUGCGGUCUCGCAGCAUGGAAAACUUGACAUCUUGUUCAGCAAUGCCGGCAUCGUUGGCAAUUUGAACCCUUCAAUCCUGUCCCUUAAUCUUGAAGACUUGAAGAGGGUUUUCGAGGUCAACGUCUACGGUGCUUUCUCUGCUGCCAAACACGCCGCUAAGGUAAUGAUUCCUGAAAAGAAAGGGAGCAUCAUCUUCACCUCUAGCGUAUCUUCGGUGAUUCAUGUGGUUACACCGCUUGAUUACGCUGCAACGAAGCAUGCAGUGUUGGGUUUGACGAAGAACUUAUGCGUGGAACUGGGUAAACAUGGAAUCAGAGUUAAUUGUAUUUCACCGUAUGCGGUGGCGACCACUCUUCUAAUGGAUGGAAUGGGGAUGGACAAAGAGAGUGCAGAGAAAGUGUAUUCAGAGGCGGCGAACUUGAAGGGAAUGGUUCUGAAGGAGGAGGAUGUGGUGGAAGCAGCUUUGUUUCUGGCCAGCGAUGAGUCCAAGUACGUGAGUGGAUUGAACCUAGUUGUGGAUGGAGGUUACAGUGCAACCAAUGUUUCUAUUGAAGAAGCUAUGAGAAAGUUUUCUGCUAAGACCGAAUUGUAAGCUUCAAUUUCUGGGUUACUUGGAGUAAAAAGCUGCUCUCUUUUUGAUCUUGGUUAAAUAAAGUUCAGACUUUGGACGAACCUAUGAAUUAAACUCAUUUUCAACAGUGGAAAGCUUGGGUGCAUGUAUUAUUGCCAAUUAAUAUGAACCUAAAUUAGUGAUGGUAUCAGUAUCAGCUACAUAUUGU